AUGAUCACGCAAGUUGAGGGUAAGCCACCGGCGGUCUUCUCCAAGAAACCGUCGGUUGUCAACCUUAGCGUGAGCAAGCCAAAGCCGCAGAACAACGCAGCAAGUAGCAUGGGCAGGACAAGGGCAGCCCCGGACCAGGCGCGGGAGACCGGGGACGUUGCUGUUGUUCCCUUUGAUCGUACGCGACAGUUUGGGGAAGACGCUGCGACACCAAGUGCAAGUGAAAAAAUGACCCAGAUGACUCUUGCUCUCUCUCUCUCUCUCUCUCUCUCUCUCUCUCUCUCUCUCUCUCUCUCUCUCUCUCUCUCUCUCUCUCUCUCUCUCUGUGCUUCUUUCUCAUUGUUCGAACAGACCACACACACAUCUUUUCCUCUCUCAGCUUUGAAUGUCAAAAAAACAAAAGUUUCGGUUUGA